GGGAGUCCGUCCCUCUCAGCUCCGAUCGUACAUUUGGCGAGCUAUUCGGAGAAGAGAGUGCACAUUCGUGUGUCAAGUUCAUCGCCCGAUUGCUUAGAAACCUACCUGGUCAUAGUAAUGCUUCCCCCCAGAAAUUGGUAUGACGAGCGUUCAAGUUUUUGCUAUUUUGUUUUUUUUUUUUAUGGAAUGCUCUUCUAACUCGUUGAGUGUGUGUACGAGUGUAUGUGAGUGCACAUGCAUACAGGCCGUUGGAAGUGACCUUGAGCCAGGGCAACGACACAUCACCCGAAACUAAUACUAACUGAGGCGGAAACUCGGAGUGUGAGGCGCCUUCAGGUAGGGCCCGAGUGCCCAUCAUAGCAGAUAUGUAUGUAUGUACAUAAACGAUAAUCACGUGAGCUGGCAGGGCGGGGAGUCCCCGCGCACCGUGAACUGCUACAAUGCUUUCAGAUCAUAAGAAUUUUGUUUGGAUUGAUGGCUCGGAGAGGCUGAACUCCUGAGCGCCGCUACAGGAUCGCCAUCCCCUCCGACUUCACACGGCGAUACGACCGACUCUUUCGCACCACCCACGAUGCAGCAGGUAACUAUCACCGAGAGCUUUUCCCACAGAGCCAGCCAACUAUAAAACCCGGAACGAGAGCUGCAACAGGGCCAGUCGAAAAGAUAGAUUCAUUCGGCGGUGACGAAGAAGCUUCAGAGUCUAACAGCAACAAAAGCAUGACUGAGAGUGAUAGUGAGCUGUCAAGCGCUGUGAGCAAUGCUCUUUUGGCCCUAUAUCAACGCCAAGAUGUGCCGCUAGUCGCGCAGCCAAUAGCGGGCGUCGGAGAGAACGCCUACGGACAGGUCCUGCUCGUGAGUUGGCCAACAGAGUCCAAGGCGAAGAGGGUAGUGGUCAAAAUGGCCCCCAAGAACGAGGCAAGACGACAGCACAUGCACGUAGUCGACUAUUAUGCCCGAGAAGUGUUCAUGUACCAGAACGUGUUCCACAGCUACCGCGAAUUGGCAGACGACCAUAGUGCCUUCACAGUGGCACCUGAAUUGCUGGCAUCCGGAUUGCAGGCGCCCGACGAGUUCCUGAUCUUCGAGGACCUGUCCCAGAACGGUUUUCAGACAAACCCACGCAGCUCCAUGCCCACCUACGACAUUGUGGUGUCCACCCUCAAAGCGGUGGCCGAGCUGCAUGCGUGCUCCUUUAUCCUACAGCAACGGAAUCAGGUAAAGUUCAGCGAACUGGUGGAUCAUGUGCGGCAGGACAACCUAUUCACUGCGAACAUUGAGACGGUGACGAUCGAAUUUGGCAAGGCAAUGCUGAGGCGCACUCGACUCAUGCUGGAGCAGGACAAAGCGCGCGACGACCACACAACGCCUAUGAUGGAGGUGCUGGAGCGCUGUGAGAGGAAUCUAAAGGCCCUAACACUCUUCUGUGUGGACGGCGCAUCGCAGUCGCCUCACGCAGUCAUCUGUCAUGGCGACUUCUGGAACAACAAUAUUCUGUAUAGGCACGAGACUCACUCUGAUCUGGCGGUUGAAGCCAAGCUGAUCGAUUUCCAAAUGUCUCGAUUUGCCCCACCUGUUCUAGACCUUGUUCACUACCUAUUCGCCUGCACAGAGAAGCAGCUGAGGGAUGACCACCUACCAGCCUUUCUGAACAUUUACUACGACACGUUGAGCCGGAAACUGGGCUCCUGCGAUCUGAAUGCAGACGAUAUCUAUCCGCGCAUCGUCUUCGACCGUCAAUUGCAGCUCUUUGGUGUAUUUGGCCUGAUAAUGGCCGCGUUUUCCUUGCCCUUCUUCAUAUCCAAUGCCAACGAAGUGGUGAACAUUGAUGAAGUCUCCGAGGCCAUUCAGGAUCUGUCUGCAUCGGCCACCGACGCCCCCAAGUGCCGCGAACUAGUGGAAGAGUUUGACAUGCUCAACGAACGCACAUUGCCAAUUUUCAAGAGGCGUAUGACCGAUGUCGUCCGGGAUCUGCUAAAGUACGACAUGACCCCACCGCUUUAUCAAUUCGAUUCGAUUCGUGAUGAUGAUAUCUGUUAACAGUAUUAGUUAUUAUUGUGUGUGUGUAUAUAUGUAUGUAUGUAUGCUCUUAAAUAAACAAUUACAUAUGUUA